ACUGGUGCUACGAAGUAGUAAAGUACGAGUGCGACUGCGAGCUAGUUAUUUGACCUUCAGCGGCUGGAACAACUGGACUGAUUUUUUUUUCAAAAGUUCUCAUUCUCGAAGUCGAAAAUACUUUCGACAGAUUUGUUGUAGGCCUAACUGGGUGCCUCUCAAGAAGACUUCAAAAUGCAGUACCAAAUUUUCCUGAAGAUUGGAGCCGUAUGUUUGACAGUUCUUCUGUUGGUGGUGGAAGGCAAGGAGGAAGACUACUACAAGCUCCUUGGGAUAAAGCGCACAGCAACAGACAAGGAGAUCAAGAAAGCAUUCCGGAAACUCGCUGUCAUAUAUCAUCCAGACAAGAACAAGGAUCCUGAUGCAGAGGCCAAAUUUGUAGAGAUUGCAAAAGCAUAUGAAGUUCUGUCAGAUCCUGAACAGCGGAGACUCUAUGAUCAGCUGGGAAGGAAACAAUUUGAAAAUCGCGGCAAUCACGGCAGCAGAGGAGGAACGAGACAAGGAUCUCAGCAGAGAGGAAACUUUGAUUACAAAUCCUUCUUCAGAGACUUUGACAGCAGUUUCAGCAACUUCAGGAACAGGAGACGAUCAGGAGGUGACAACAGGAGGGGCAAUGGCUUUAACUUCUUUGGAGAUGAUUUCUGGGAGGGAUUUGACGACGAUUUCUUUGGCUCUGGUGCUUUUGAGUCCUUGCACAAAAACAAAGCAAGAAAUCACAGAGGAAGCCACGACUCCGUCUUUGGCAACGCAUUUGAUGAUGUAACAUUCCCCAAUAUGCACUCCAACAUUCGUACCUCUCAUUUCAGCACGACAACACACAGACAUGCAUCAACAACUGGACGGACGUGCAGAACAGUGACACAACGGGUUGGCAACACAAUCACAACGUACACAGAUUGCUCAUAGGAAUUUGGAUUUAAAGAAGGUGCUCAUAAGAUCAGGAUGUGCUGCAGCAGUUACAGCCUUGUGUAAGCCACUCAAACAACAAACACACACUUCUCGUUUAAAUAUCAAAUGAAUGCACAAUUUCUUUUGGCACAUCCCAUAUUUCUUUUAGGAGCCCUUAUUGUGUCAAUGACUACUAUUUUUCUGUGACUGUUGGUAUGGACAUCUUACAUCCCAGUAUCACUAGCAAUUAUGGAUUCAUCUGGAAACAGAACUGAACAAAUUCUACUAUACAAAUAUUGACUGCUUUGAGUGGUGAAGUAAAACUAGCCUCCAGAGGUGAUCCAUGAAGCAUUGUCAUAGAAUGCUCCAUGGAUCACCGAGGGAGGAUAGUUUUACUACACCACGAGAUAAAGCAGUCAAUGUUUGUAUUAACAUCUCUCCCACAGAUUCUGCUUGAUUUUAAGCGAUAACCCAUUAAUUUAAUCUGAAUACAAUAAAACUUUACUUCUAUUUGAAUCCAAAUUAGUUGAAAAUUAACUUGCAGUUUUUCUAACUACCCCUUCACGGAAUGUUGAACCCAGCUCCGUAGCGCUCCCACUUGGAAACAAUACGCGCAAACGUGCAACGUGCAACGUACCCCUAUGCAUUUUGCACACAGUGCAUAUAGUACUUUGGUUGCCAUGAGUAUAGUACUUUGGUUGCUGUGGGUAUUUUUGGAAGUGCACGGCAAGAUAGCAAAAAUAGAAAGUACCAUGUGACUCGCUCUCGUCCAAACAAGACACAGAAUCUGUGGGUGAGGUGUGAUAGCGUUAACUAUACUGCUCCAGCCUUUUCCCUUUUGUCUGAAAAGUCAUCAAUAUCUUUAUCAUUCUAUAUUGAAAGAUUCUGUGAAACCAAUUUUUCUUAGGAACCUAUUUUGUGCAACUUUCUACUCCUCUUAAAUGUUCGUGUAUGAAAACUAUUUGACAUCUCUUUUUGGUUAAUUUUAUUGAAAAGUACACUUCUUUUAAACGUUUAAAAUUGUCCAUGCUAUUCCAGACAACUGAGGGCGCUGUUGCCAUCAUGUAAUUUAGGAAGACACUGUUCAGUUUCGGGGUUUGUUGUUCAUGUUGUGAACCCUAACAUUUGCGCACUGACAACAUUCGUGAGAAAAAUUUGCUCACUGGCUUACUGCCAUGCACUUACUCAACGACGAAUCAAAGGAGGCUAAUUUAGGACAGCAAAAUAUGCAAAAAAUCUGGCAACCCUUUGUGCUGAAAUGGCUGUGGCAUUGAGGUUUCGGCCUGAAAUGACAUCACACUUUUGCUCAUGAAUAUGGAAAUUUGAUUAGCAUAAAAACUAAAAAGGCACCAAAAUACCCUUGAAAAUGGCAAAACAAAAAUUGAAAAUACAUGUUAAGGUCAAAUAUGCGAUACAAAGGUGUGUUUUCAAAGAUUGCAUUAAACAAAUUACAUUCCAUGGGCCCUUUAACAUUUAAAUCUAGUAUUAUCAUUCAUUCUGACAUAUUUUUUUUUUAAUGAGAGAGAGGGAAAUACCCUGAACUAUUUUUCUUUUAACUGUAUUGGACAAGAGAAAAUUCAGUGUUUUCACCAUACAUGUAGAAAGGGUCCCUGGUUUGAAGACAAAGGUAUUUUGCCAAGUUUGCAAUUUAUCCUGACCCAUUGAGGGAGUCAUAUUGUGUCUCUGAAGUCUGUACUUUUUAAAGUUAUCACAGACUUUAAAGGGAAUGUACAACAUCUGCUUUUGCUGCAAUUUUCAGAAAUAAAUGAAUUUGGGGGAUCAGUAUGUAAUAGCAAAUAUUGUUAAAAUGACUUGUUUCACGUUUUGGGCUUGUAGAUG